ACAAGUGGUGGAAAUUCUCGACACCAGAUGGCCUAGAGGGAAUGCUGGUUCCCGAUGAGACUAACACUAUUGUUGCUAAAAAAGUAAGAGGGGCUGCAAAAAGAAAAGCCACGGUUCAGCCUUAUUUAAUAGUGGUAGGACCAGAUCUAUCGAACAUAGAAAGGAAUUAUAUUGUUACUGACGAUAACAUAACCUAUAUACAUAUGUAUACUCUGAUUAUACUCUGAUACAAAAAUCUGUGUAUAAGAUUAAUCUACAUACAGACGAAAUUAUUUUGGAUAUUUAUGUGAGUCCAUUACCUGCGUUGCACCAUUGACGUUGAUUUAAUGUAAUGUGAUGUUUAUAUGAAAAUAAAUAUGUGAC